AUGCAUAUUGAGAAAAACAUAUGUGAGAAUUUGAUUGGGACAAUUCUGAACAUAAUAGGGAAGAUAAAGGACACUGUUAAAGCUAGGCUCGAUCUAAAAGAUUUGGGAAUUAAAGAGGAGCUGCAAUUAAUAGAGGAUGGAGAUUCAUGUGAGAUGCCUAAUGCUCGAUAUACCUUGUCCAAAGAAAAAAAGAAGGCAUUUUGUGAUUUUUUAAGGGAGGUAAAGUUUCCAGAUGGUUUCGCUUCCAACAUUUCAAGAUGUGUUAGUGCUGAUGGGACCAAGGUUCAAGGGUUAAAAACACAUGAUUGUCACAUUCUGUUGCAAAGAAUCUUACCAGCUGCCAUGAGAGGGUUUUUGGACAAUGAUAUCUAUGAAGCAAUAGCAGAGUUAGGGAAGUUUUUCAGAGAGUUGUGCAGCAAAACCCUGAACAAGGAUGUGUUGGCUAAAAUGAAGGAAGAGAUCCCAAUGAUUUUGGUGAAGCUUGAGAAAAUUUUUCCCCUGGCUUUCUUUGAUGUGAUGAUGCACCUAGCUGUUCAUUUACCUGAUGAGGCAUUGCUCCGAGGUCCUGUGCAAUAUGGGUGGAUGUACCCAAUUGAGAGACGGUUGUAUACUUUGAAGCGCUAUGUGAGGAAUAGGGCACGACCAGAAGGUUCAAUUGCCGAGGCAUAUAUUGCUGAUGAAUGCCUGACAUUUUGCUCUAAAUACAUGGAAGGUGUUGAAACAAGAUUUAAUGGGGAACCAAGAAAUAUAUGUUUUUGUAAUGAGGAGAACUAUGGUGUGGAUGUUUUUGGCCAUGGAGUUCAUUUUACUUCUGCACCUGAACUUGUAUACGAUGAGAAUGGCUUUGAUCGAAUGGUGUGGUAUGUGCUUCACAACUGUAGUCAAGUUGAGCAAUAUGUGGAAAUGUUCAGAGAUGAACUAAAUAGAGAAGGAGUGCCUAAAUUCAAGAAAUACUCUUCAUGCGUUGUGAAUGGUGUGCGGUUUAACACUGUUGAUCCUGACAAGAACAAGAAAACACAGAACAGUGGAGUUAUGGUACAAGGUGAACAUAAUGGUCAGGUCAUUGAUUUCUUUGGAAUCUUGAAAGAGAUAAUUCAGUUACUCUAUAUUGGUGAUGAGAGGCAUCUUUAUAAUGUAAAAGAAACUGAGGGCGGCAGCUUUAGUUCUCCUGCAUAUCAAGAGAAUGAGUGCUUUGAAGAGGAUGGUACACGACACCCAAUUUCAGACAAAACUUGUGAUACACCUCUAAAUAGAGAUGAUGAACAAGGCGCUAGGUUUGAAGCUGCUGAAAUUUCUAAGUUGGUGAUGGAAAGAAACCGAGAAGUGCAUGAGAUAGAUGGCGAAGACGAAGACGAUGACACAUUGUUGGAGUACUGCAGCGAUGAUGAAGGAGGUGCUGCACUGGAGGUUGACAGUGAUGAUGAAUAG